UUGUAUUAUUACUAUUUGUUUAUACAUCAUUUGAUAUGAUGAUGGGACUCAGCCAUGCGCUAUAUACAUAUAUAUAACUAUAGAUCUCUUUCACUGGUAUUCUUCUCUCAUUCUGCUCAUUCGUUUCUUCUUCUACUAACUAACUAUCUCUCUCUCUCACAUUUAUCAACCAACCAAGCAAUGGCAUCACCAGUCGACGAACUGACGAGCGAAAUCUUCUCCAUUCUAGAGAACAAAUUCCUCUUCGGAUCACACAACCAACACAGACACACCAACGCAAAAGUUGGAAUUCUAAGCAUCGACUCAGGCGGAGACGGUAUUCUCGCGGCCCAAACUCUUCUCCGUCUCCAAUCCAUUCUCCGGCUCAAAUCCGGCAACCCCACCGCCCACCUCGCCGAUUUCUUUGACGUGGCCGCCGGCGCCGGUGCCGGAGGCAUUCUCGUCGGUCUUCUCUUCACCCGACGCCCCAAAGACGGGCGGCCAUUGUUCACUGCCGAGGAGUCUCUCAAAUUCAUGCUCGACAACCGCAAAAAACUAGAGCCGCGCGGUGGUGGUCUCUUGUGUAGUUUGAGAGGAAAAGGAAAUGCUUUGCACAAAGUGCUGAACAAUGUUUUUGGGCAGCUGACACUGAAAGACUGCUGCGUGAAGUCGGUUUUGAUACCGUGCUACGAUCUGAUGAGCGGCGCCCCAUUUCUGUUCUCACGUGCCGACGCUAUGGAGAUGGCUGAUUUCAGGAUGGCGGCCGUUUGUGGGGCCACAGCGGCUGAUGGCAGAGCUGUGGAGCUGAGGUCAACGGAUGGGAGGAAAAAGAUCGUGGCCAUUGGCGGUGGGGUCGGCAAUCCAACGGCUGCAGCUAUAACACAUGUGGUGAAUAAUAAGAAAGAGUUCCCAAUGUGUCGGGGAGUUGAGGAUCUGUUGGUGCUCUCACUAGGAAAAGGAUGCCCUGAAACAUCAUCAUCACUUGAACAAAUUGCUGCUCACACAGCUGCUGACAUGGUAGGAAAUGGAAUAGGAUCGGUUAAUAUGGUGAGCAGUGCAGAUGAAAUGUUGGGGCAGAACAAUGUGGAAUCUGUAUUGUUUAAAGGGAGGAAGGUGAGUGAGUUUACAAACAUGGAGAAAAUGGAGAUGUUUGCAAGGGAGUUGAUCAAAGAAAAAGAGAGGAGAAACAACAACAACAACAACAACAACAACAAGGCACCUAAUCACAAUCAUCGUAAUCAAAUCCUCACAUGA